AUGGAGAGCUCCAUAUCUCUAAAAGACGCGCCAGAAAUGAACUACAAAGAGGCGUUUCUAGACGUCAUGUUGGUUCCCGGCGGAACUCUCGAGGCGGUGCAGGAGCUCUACGACAUCUGCCACGUGGAGGCAUUCGUCGCAGCGAUGCUGGACAUUCGUGCGACCGCUGUCGCCCGGCGACGACUGCUGGGAGUCGUCGGCCCCGGGACCACCAAGGCCGAGCAGUACACGGUUCGAGACAUGUUCUCGUUUCAACAGGACGCCAUCCCCACUGCCAUGCUGCGGUUAAGCGGCGUCCUGCACGAGCCCGCGACGCGCCUAUUCAGCGACGUGCUGCGCUUCAUGGGCGUGCACGAGGGCAAGAUGCUCUCGCGCGCGGAGGAGGUCGCGCUGGUGGCGCGCGUGUUUCUGGACCUAGGGAAGGAGCCGCCGCUGCGAGACGAGAUGUUCAUGCAGCUGUGGAAGCAAACGCGGGGGAACGAGUACAAGGCGUCGUGUCUCAAAGCGUGGGAGCUGAUGCGGCUGUGUGCGGGCGUGUUCCCCCCCACCACCACCAUCGCGGGACCUCUUUCAGAGUACUUCUCCUCGCUCGUAUCGGACGAGGCGGGGGACGAGGCCAUUCGAGAGGCGGUGCUGGCGGCGUGGAAGGCGCUGGACCACGGGCUGAAGCACGGGCCCAGGAGAUGCGUGCCUGGGCAGGACGAGGUGCUCUCGCUGCUGACGCACACGCCUCUGCUGGUGCCGGUGUAUCUAUGUGACGACACUCUGGAAAACAUUCCCAGCAGCCCCGUCACCACCAUCGGGGAGGCCAUGCAGUUGCUGCUGCAAAGGUUACAAGUGACAGACACCACCUCGUUUGCCCUCUUCACCUGUAGGAUCUACAAGUCCAUGGGCGCAACUCACAGCGAUCCCACCAUCGACCACGUGCCGCUGGACCCCGAGGCAUAUGUCUCAGACGUGAUGGCGGAGUAUGUGAAGGCAGCGCGGGGCAGCCUGGUGGCGUGCAAGCUGCUGCUGAAGAAGCGAUUCUUCAAGACGGACGAUGCACUCGUGGCCGACCUGCACCACGUGCGCCUCUGCUACGCUCAGCUCCGGUACGACUAUCUCACGAACCACUAUCUGGUGACAGUGGAGGGAGCAGUGGUGCUAGCGGCGCUGCAAAUAGCCGCCGAGAUCGGGGUCGUUGCGAACCCUGAAACAGCCCUGGAGUGGAGCAUUCAGAUGAAGAGGUCAAUCCCAAAGAUAGUCUCACGUCUGCACUCCAAGGACGAGUGGAUGAACCUCAUCCUCGAACCCUACAGAACCCUGUGGUCGCUAGACCACAAGGCCACGAUGAGGGAGUUUGUGCGGAUCCUGCUGGAGAUCCCUCAGGGCGGGUCGGUCUUCUUUGAGCUGCGCACAGAGGAGGACACGGCCAACUACUUCCCCAAGCAUGUCAUCGUUGGAGUUAACCACAACGGGCUGCAUUUUUUGGAUGCAGAGAUUCGGUCGGUCAUCCACCAGGCAGAGCUGAGGGAGCUUGCGGAGUAUGCAGGAAAGCCCGAUAGAAUAUUCUUCAGCAUGACGUUACAAGACGAGCUGCACUCGUUUGAGUUUGCAACAACCGGGGGUGACGAGAUAUGCUUCUUGCUUGAUAUUCACAUAGCAAAUGCGUUGAGACUCUAUGUCGCCAGCACAGGCAUCGACACCGGCUGUUGCGACUCCACCACCGCUCCCUGUGCCACCCUGCAAGCAGCAGUCACCAGGGCGGCACCUUCCGCCACCAUCACCCUCCUCCCGCCCCCCGCCGGCUCUCCCCCAUCCGCAAUCAAAUCUUCACCGACCAAAUCCGCCGUUCAGCUGGGCGGGAAAUCUCUUACCAUCACCGGCGCCCCUCCCGCGUCCACUCCCGCGUCCCCCGCUGCAAUCACACUCGAUUGCGGCGGCGGCCCGUGCCUGAACGCCACGUGUGCUGGCGCGGGUUGCGGCGCGGGGAGUAAGGUGGUGCUGACGUUAGCGCUGUUCACGCUGACCAAUGGCGUGUCGGCCGAUUCGGGAGGAUGCGUGGACGUGCGAGGGCAGGGCCUGGUUAUCAACAACGUGGCGUUCUCCCGCUGCACGGCAACCAACGUGGGCGGCGCAGUGUCAGUGCAGGGCGCGGGCGCGACGCUCACAGUCUCCUCCGCCUCCUUCUCCGCCUGCUCCGCGCCGGGCUCAGACCUCACCUACAUGUACAACUCGGGGGGCGGCGCCAUCAGCGUCACUGGGCCCGAGGGGGGGGCGGUUGCACCUGGGGGAGGCGCGGCUGGGGGAGGUGUGCGCGCGAAGCUGUCGGGGGUGACGGCGAAAGGAUGCAGUUCGGAGAACGGGGCGGGAGGGGCGCUGCUGUUUAGGAAUGUGAGAGUGGAGGUGGACGGAGGGGAGAUGACCGGGUGCCAGGCGUAUUUCGGCGGGGCGAUUGCGACCAUGUACUCAAGUGUGUCGAUCGAUGGGGUCACUGUCAGCAAUGGACUGGCUGUGCUUGGAGGGGCCAUCGCGGACGAGGGAUCAUCCACCUAUGCCCUCUCCUCCUCCUCGCUCACCGCCUGCUCCUCCAAUGGCACGCUGCCAGCUGGCGUGUACGCGGCAGGCUACGGCUUCGGGGGUUGUGUCACGGAUUACGAGGGAGGAGGCGCGUGGGUGUACACAGUCACUCAGGCGACUCUAACCAAGUGUAUCUUCUCUGACGGCUAUGCAACAUACCUAGGAGGCGGCAUAUCCGCCACGGGGGGCGUCCUCUUAAUCUCCGACUCCACCUUCGCCCGCAACGUCAUGGACUACGUCUCCAGCGCGCCCUCGGGCGCCGGCCUAUCGCUGAGCGCCACGUCAGCGCGCGUGGAGCGGACCGUGUUCGAGGAUAACGUGGGGAUCAUGAUGGGGGAUGCAGCGACCGUGGAUGGAUAUGGCGCGGGAGUGUACGUGGGGCAGGAUGGCGAGGCGGUGGUAACCACACAGGAAUUCAUCUCCUGCACCUUCUCUGGUAACCUGGCGAAGGGAGGCGCGGGGUUAUACCAGUACGGAGGCGGACUCACCAAGUUCACAAACACAGUGUUCCGAGACAACGGGGGCGGCGAGCUGGGCGGAGCAAUGAUCGUGCUGACGACAGCGGAGGUGCAGAGCUGCACGUUUGAGCGCAACAGUGCGUCGGGCUCAGGUGGCGCCAUCUACAGCGAGGGCACGGGGUACCUGCGGAUUGUGGACUCCACUUUCACUGCCAACUCCGUGCAGCUCAAGGACGGUGGCGCUCUCUAUGUCAUUGCGGCGGACAGCAACGUGACAGUGCAGGGCAGCACAUUCACAGGCAACAGGGCCAACAGCUCGCGAGGGGCUGCCAUCUUCAGUGGGGGGUCGCUGCUGGAAGUGCAGGACUCAGUGUUUGAGGAUAACUGGUCCUACCUCAAGGGCGGCGCUGUCACAGUGGAGGGAUCUAGAGGCGCAGAUGCAACCACCCUGGGGCGAUUCUCAAACACCACCUUCACCAGAAACACCUCACCAGUCGGGGGAGGCGCCUUCCUGUGCAGCCUCAACUGCACCGCAGAUCUCACCAACUGCACCUUCUCCGAAAACAACAGCACUGCUGCCGGCGCCCUACUCGCCCAGGAAACCUCCUCCCUCACCCUCCGCUCCUCCACCUGCCAGGGCAACGCUGCAGACACAGCUGGCGGGUGCCUAUUGGUCACGGAUUUCGCGACUAUUACUGCGGAGGGGAGCAGGUUUACGGGGAAUAGAGCGGGCAGCGGUGGCGGAGUGGGGAAGGUGUCUGGUUCGGGUAGGCUGGUGAUGACCCGGUGUGAGGUGGAGGCCAAUGAGAGCCCGACAGGUGGCGCGCUCUGGGUGGAGAUGGAGGGUGUGGUGGAGGAUACCCGGGGCAGCUUCACGGGUAACAAGGCGAGUUUUGAAGGCGGGGCGGUUUUCGCCACGCACAGCGCCACUGUGAAGCUGCUCUCGUCGCAAUUCGGGUCGAAUUUGGCGCUGAGAGGCGGAGCUAUGGUUUUGGAUACAGAUGCGACUCUCACCUCCACCUCCUCCUCUUUCCUCAACAACUCUGCUUCGGCUGUUCUUAUUAGGGGAAGUUCUCGGGCUACUAUCACUCAGGCGCUUUUUUCGGGCAAUUCUGCCCCCCAGGGCACCGGAGGGGCCAUCUGGGCAGCCGCCGAAACUUCUCUCACCGUCCGAUCGUGCAAUCUGACGGGCAACACGGCCGUCACGGGCGGCGGAAUUUUUUCAGAAGGGUCUGCCCAGGUGACUCUUGAUGUGUCGCAAUUCGAGGGGAACAACGCGGUUACCGGCGCGGCGCUUGCCGUUGCGGGCAGCUCGAAAAUUUCCGCGGGUAACCUGACGCUGGUGGGGAACAGCGCAAGCAGUGCGGGAGGGGCAGCGGCGUUCCUGGAGCAAUCAAACGGGGUCUUCAAGGCAGCGUGGAUGACUGGGAACAAAGCGGUGGUGGGCGGUGCAGGGGUUGAGAACGAGGCCCUGUACCCGCAGGGAGUGGCCUUCUACGAAGCUUCCUUCAACCCCGCCGUGCGCAUCGGGUGUGAGGAGUGCGUGCGAGAGCAGGAGAGCCAGACCAUUGGCAGUAUUCCCACGAACUUCUACUUCACGUUCGCGGGCAUCGACGAGGGGGCCAACAACCUCGGCACGGUGCCGUCCUUUGUGGCUCUCACGGCUGUGGGGACGCCCAUUGCUGGGCUGACCGUGGUCAUUGUGGAUGACUACAACAACACUGUUGUUCAGGACAACUCGUCCUUUGUGGCGAUCUCUCCCGAUCGCCGCAUCUCGGGGUUGCUGCGAGCAACAGCGGUGCAGGGAAUGGCAGAGCUGCCAGAGGUCUCUGUCAUGGUCACCCCAGACGAGGCCACGCCCUUCCGCCUCCUCGUCACCGUCUCCAGCCCCACUAAUGAGUUCCCCGAUAUAACACACACCUUCACUGUAGACUUCUGCGCGGCGGGAACCUAUCUCAACACAGAGAGCACUGGAGAUGGCACUGGGGAUGGUGGUGGUAGUGUUAGCACUGGGAGUGGGACCUGCGACCCGUGCCCUGUCGGCAGCUGGUGCGAGGCGGGUCAACCCUCCACUCCCUGCGAAGACAAGACCUUCACGUUCUACCCCUACUCGACUAGCGCCGACCAGUGCGUGGCAUGCGAGGACGAGAAUCUCGAUUGCGUGGGCGGCGAACUGACGGUUGCGGAGCAAGCGUGGCUGGAUCCCAGGACGUAUAAUGACACGCCGACGACUUACAGCUGUAUUAUCACCAACGGGUGCAAGGAGCACCAGUACAUGUACAACCUCACCACCAGCACCGCGGACGUCGAUAUCUGCCCCACCGGCUACGACCCCUCCUCACCCAUGUGCUGCCUGUGCGCCAGCAACUAUUACUCCUUCCUCGGCGAUUGUAACUACUGCAGCGACGUUUUCAAAAAGCUCUUCCCGCUGCUCUUCAUCCUCAUGAUCGGAGUGUGGGUUGCCAUGUUCCUGCUCGCCAACAACUACGAUAACAUCGACAUCUUUCUCACUGAGGUGCAAUACCUCACGGUCGUGGCCUCCAUCAACCUGAACGCGCCAGCAGCGCCCAACGGCUGGGUGGGGUGGCUCAUUAAAAUCUACAACCUCUCAGUCUUCGACCCGGACGUGGUGGGACCCAACUGUGUGCUGACCUAUCGCUUCCCGCAGCAGUUUGUCUUCGGAAUCCUCAUCUUCCUCGUCGGCCUCGUGGUCUACGCGCUGCACUGGUGCCUCUUCCUGCUCCGCGAGCACAUCAAGCUCAUCAACGCCAAGCGGGCGGCUGAAAACGGCGAGACCAGCGGCGUGGGGCAGCUGAGCAGCACGGCGGCGAAGCAGCGGCGGCAGGAGUAUUACAACGGGCUGGUGGGGGGAGUGGCGAGCUGGCUGGACGUGUGCUACAUGGGUAUUCUCGCCCGCGUGCUGCCCGUCUUCCAGAGCCAGAUGGUCGGCGAUACCAAGGUGAUGCUGUUCGCUCCGGAGAUCGAGUGGCUAUCGUCAACACACGUGGGCAUGCUCAUCCCCUCUAUAAUCAUCCUCAUCGUCUACCUCGCGGGCGUGCCGCUGCUCUACGCGUGGCUGCUCUUCUCAGCCAAGUGGAAUCGCACGCUCUUCACCGCCGAGUUUGACGACAAAUACGCGUUUUUGACGGAACGCUUCGAUCGCAAGUUCUACUGGUGGCAUCUCCUCAACAUGUCACUGCGUGUCCUCUACGGCUGCAUCCUGGUCUUUCUCUAUGAGAAUGCGGAGGCGCAGAUCAUCAUCAUCGUCGUCCUCCAGAUCCUCCGCAUCGUCGUUGAGUACCGCUUUGCACCGUUCACCUCCUCCUCUGUGGAGUACCUGCAGGCCACGCUCAACCUCGGCGAGGUGUUUUUCACGCUCUCUCUCCUCAUCUACAACUACACGUCCGAGUCAAUCCUAUCAGAAGCCAUCAUGGCCAUCAGCACAAUCCUCAUGCUGCUUCCCGCCAUCGUGGCGAUCACCUACGAGGUGUCGAGCAAGCGAAUGGAGGCGUUCAACAACGGGGUAUUGGACGAGAUCUGGGAGCAGGAGAGCGGGAAGCGGGAAGACCAGCUGAGAGGGCUCGACCCUUACCAGAUUGUGCAGCUGUCACAGAUCGGAGGGUGGUUCCGCCCACGCGCGCUCUUCCAGUUCCUGCAUCACCGCCAGGGCAUCGACCUGCUGCUGAAGGUGCGGGACCGCGUGCAAGCCUGCUCUCUGGCUGGCCUCGGGCAGGUGGAAUGGAUCGAGCAGCUGAAGAAACCCCAGCAGUACGCAGGGCUGUCGCAGAUUCUUCUCGGAAACAAAAAGGGUUACAUCCCCAUCGCGCGGUUACCGCCUCAGGGAGUGUAUUGCCUGCUGCAUGGGGUGUGGCAUGCGGACGGGGCCUGCACUGCUGCCCAGGCUGCGGCGGCGGCGGCUCGGCGCCGAACCAACCGCCGGACCAAGUCCCGGAGCAGCCGGGUUUCGUUCGGAGGGUUGGGAGAGGGAGCGCCGGAGACGCCUGGGGGAGGGCUGAGGAGGAUGGUUAGUUGGGGGUCGAACACGCCUGGAGGGGCCAGCAUGAGGGAGAAACCGGCUAAGAGCCUCAAGAUUGCUGAGAAGAGCUGGCCCCCGCAGCUUGGGAGGAAGGUGCAUUGGUGCCCCGCUUCGGGUUUUGACCCUCUUGCCGCGACGAAGAGGUUCGGGAGCGGGAGGAUGGAGGGGCCGGCGGCAGGAGCGGGCGGAGGAGGGAGCAGGCCUGGAACGGCAGGAACGGGAGGAGCGGGAGGAGGAGGAAGCAGGCCGGGGACGGCAGGAGCAGGAGGGGUCAUGCGAGGGGUGGUAGGCAGACCGGGGAGUUCGGGAGGGGCGGCGAUCACAGGGGCGGGUGGGGGCGGGAUGGAUCUGGUGCAGGCGAAUCUGGAUAUGGCUGAGCUGACGUUUGCUUUCCAGUCGAACCUGGCUCUGCUGGUGAAGGCUGAGAAGAAGAGGAAGGUGCAGAAGGAGGCGCUAAGGCAGAUCAUUCACUCCAAGGCCACUUACCACAUCCUGAGCUGGUUCACCAGUGAAGAGAGCACGGUGGACGAUCAGCGGCUGUUUGCAGAGCUGGUGAAGGCAGUGAGGCAGGCGGCCAAGACGCGCAAGAGCUCCAUGCGCUGGCUGCAGAGCGCGCAGUGCUUCUACCCUGGAGAGGGUCGUCUCACCAACCGGCUCUCCAAGAUGCUGAGUGAGGAGCGCCCUCUAGACGGCAAUGAACCUAAUGGAAUGCGUAUGGAGCCUUAG